AUGGAGCGGACGCUGCUCAGCUUGCUUUUGGUAGUGGCCAUCGUGUCACCCGCCCACGCUUUCCGAAAUCACUAUCGGCAACAUGGCCGACACGCCUUUACCAGCUCCGCAAUCGAUGAUAUGAUUCCCAAGCCCCUUUCGACGACCAACAGCAUCCGCGGCUCGCCCAUGCCUGGGGAGUAUGUGGUCACCGACUAUGGUGCGGUGGGCGACAACUCGACGGACAACACGGCCGCCUUUGCCAAGGCGUUGGCCGCAGCCAACGACACUGCGGGCGGCAUUGUGUUUGUGCCACCAGGCUCGUAUCGCUUUACUGGCCAGCUUGUCAUUCCUACGGCCGUCACCCUGCAGGGAUCCUUUACCACUGUGCCCAGUCACGACGCCAAAGCUGGUCACUAUCCAGUUGAUGGGACGGUACUGAUUCCGCUGGCGGAUCGCAACAAUGAAGCGGGCAAGCCCUUCAUCACGGUUGGCCGUGACAGUACUCUGGCCGGUGUGGUGAUUUGGCACGUGGAGCAGGGCCGCUUUGAGCCGCCGGUGCCUUACCCCUUUGCCGUAGCACUGGUCGACGAGAAUGCCGCUGUCAAGGACGUUGAAAUUCUGAAUUCCUGGAAUGGCAUCUCGGCAGUGGCUGCUCACCGUCAUUACAUUGCACGCAUUCAGGGGCAACCCAUCAACAUUGGUGUAUACAUUGACGAGACUUAUGAUAUUGGCCGCAUCGAGGAUGUGCACUUCAAUCCCUGGUGGAGCAGCGACGUCAACUUUAUGUACUGGCAGACCACGUUUGGUCGAUCCUUUGUGAUGGGGCGCAGCGACUGGGAAUAUGUUUUCAAUACGUUUAGCUUUGCCUACGCCAUUGGCUACCACUUUGUGGAGACUUCAACGGGAAGCAUGAAUGGCAACUUUCUGGGCAUUGGUACCGACUAUGCGUGCAAUGCCUCGGUCCAGGUGGACGCGAGCCAGUUGGCGGGUCUGCUCAUUACCAACGGCGAGUUUACGGCCUUCCACAACACGCUGGAGCAGCACCCACAGAGACUGGACCUGAUUGCCUUUGAUGCAUGCGAUAACACGCAAGUGGUGGUGGGCAAGGACAACACGGGCCCCGUCAACUUUGUCGAUUGCUCCUUCUGGGGUCCGGCCAACCACAUUGCUCGCCUGGCAGGUAACGGCGUCACCACCUUCAACUCGUGCGAAUUCAACGGUUGGGAUUAUCUCAACACCAACCAGUCGGCCAUCUAUGCUUCUGGUGGCACGCUCAUCGUGCAAGGUACCAACUUCAACGAGAACAAGCCUCAAGUGGAGUUGGAGGCAACCGUUGACAAGGUCAUCUUCCUGGGUAAUGUCGGCGUCGGUUCGGAAAACAUCAUCAACCAUGGCGUCAAGCAAGUCCAGAGCGGUUUCAACGCCUUUGAUUGA